CGGAAGUGCGGGGGCCGCUGGGUGGCCCGGGCUGAAGCCGCGCGGUGACGGCGGUGGAUAAUGGCGGAGGCAGCGGCGUAUAUAGGGAUGGCUGCGGCGGCGGCGACAGCAGCGGGAGUGGGUAGCAGCGGCAGCGCGGGAGGAGGAGGAGGUUGUUGGACUAAACAGGUUACCUGCAGAUAUUUUAUGCAUGGAGUUUGCAAAGAAGGAAAUAACUGCCGCUACUCCCAUGACCUUACAACCAGCAAGCCUUCUAUGAUUUGUAAAUACUACCAGAAAGGAUGCUGUACCUAUGGAGACCAAUGCAGGUAUGACCACGUGAUGCCGUCAAAGCAAGGAUUGUCGGAGAUUCAGAGUGGUCCAAAGCCAUUGAUCCUGAAGGAUUCUGCCACCGCAUCAACCACCAAACUAACUCCGCUUACCAAAUUAAAUGGUGAAAUGAGCACAAAAACAACAGUGAUUGAGGAAUCCAACCCUGCAACUGCAAGCUCAAACCUGGAAGACUGGGUUAAUGCAGCAGAGUUUGUACCUGGACAGCCAUACUGUGGACGAACAAUGUCAUCUUACCUUGAAGCAAGAAUGGAAGGUUUAAUGAUAGAUGAGAAAUGUGAGACCCCUCAAAGUGAUGAAGAUACGAAGAAACAACUCUGUCCGUAUGCAACUUUAGGAGAAUGUCGUUACGGUGUAAACUGUGUAUACCUCCAUGGGGAUAUGUGUGAUAUGUGUGGCUUGCAGGUUCUUCAUCCAACUGAUGCUUCUCAGAGAUCAGACCACAUAAAGGCUUGUAUUGAAGCUCAUGAAAAGGAUAUGGAGUUAUCUUUUGCAAUCCAACGAAGUAAGGAUAUUAUAUGUGGCAUUUGUAUGGAAAUAAUCUAUGAGAAAGUAAACGCAAGUGAGCGACGUUUUGGAAUUCUCUCCAACUGCUGUCACACCUACUGCCUCAAUUGCAUUCGAAAAUGGAGGAGUGCUAAGCAGUUUGAGAACAAAAUUGUCAAAUCCUGUCCCGAGUGUCGAAUUACAUCAAAUUUUGUCAUUCCAAGUGAAUACUGGAUAGAAGACAAGGAAGAAAAACACAAACUCAUCCAGAAAUACAAAGAGGCGAUGAGUAUUAAAGCAUGCAGAUACUUUGAUCAGGGACGUGGCACUUGUCCCUUUGGGGGUAAUUGCUUCUACAAACAUGCGUACCCCGACGGUCGUUUGGAAGAGCCACAACCACAGAGGAGGUCAAUUGGAUCAACAGGCAGAUAUCGGAACCAACGGAGGACACGUCUUUGGGAUUUCAUUGAAGAAAGAGAAAAUGCACAUUCUUAUGAAGACGAUGAAAUGGUCACCUUUGAGCUUGGAGAAGUGUUGCUCAUGCUUUUGGCUGAUGGGCCUGAUGAUGACUUUUCAGAUUCCGAUGAUGAGUGGGACUUGUUCCAUGAUGAAAUGGAUGUUGAUUAUUAUGAGUUCGAUCUAUAGCACGAUGGGAUUUGGACUGUCUUAUUCUGUUUUUUUUUAGACAGUAGCUUUACCUGUGUUGUGGCAGUGCCAUGUGUCUUGGACAGGCCAGGCAUUCUGGGUGUGGUUUCACUCUGGAUGUUAGCAGAGUUCUUGUCUGUAGUGCAUCGAAAAAGAAAUAGCUAUUCCUUACGAAAUAAAAGGCUUUUACUUGUCUAUUGGUGGUGCACUAGAGGAUUAAAGCAGUUUGCAGUACCUAACUGUUUCGGUUCACAACUCGUGUAACAGAUAAGUCAGGCACAGAACCUAAUAUGUAAUGGUUAUGGGUGAUAUGACCACUUCCAUAAACAUGAGUCUAAAGCCAACAAAGGACCACAAGCACCUUCGUAAUUCAUCCCAAAUCAUCUGUUGUUCCUCUUAACUUUUCAGAUUCCAAUGAUGAGUGGGACUUGUUCCAUGAUGAAAUGGAUGUUGAUUAUUUUAAAAAGGACGUUGUUUUUUUAAAGAGGGUGUCUCGCUAUCAGUACCCGUUUUAAACAUCAUAACUGUAAAAUAGCUAAUUCUACUUUGGAUUUUUCCAGCCUUUCUAUUUUUUUAAUUUUAUAUCAUGUCUGUUGUGCUCAGUGGAACCUGGCUAUGAGGAGCUACUGAGUCCAUGUUGUGAGGAACUGAAUUAGCUGUAGAAGGUUGCGAUGACCAGAUCGGUUUAUUUCAGGACUUGUCUUUGCUCCUACACAUUGGUUCAGCUCAGAAACUCCUCCCUGUCAAUUCUCAACCAUACGUUUUCAGCACACAGUUUAUACAAAGCUAUUUUUUUUUAAAAUAAAGAACAAAUACACUGGGAUGUGAAAGUUUUUCAGAAUUCUCCAACUGGUUUUCAAAAGGAAUCCUGAUUGUAAGACUCCCUCUUUAAGUGUGUGCCCCCCAUUCAAGGGGGUUCUCGUUCCUGCCUAGAUACAUUUUCUAUAAUGUAUUUGGCCCAGUGAAGCAAAUGGAUAGAUGGCAAUUCUAAAAGCAAAAUAAACUUGCAGGUCACCAUCAGAGUUCCUAAGAAAUAUAAAAUUAUAAGUUCCAUACAAUACCGUUGUAUUUUUAUUUAAAAAAACUAUCCUUCCUGACACAAACUUUUGGAUGUUAGUUUACUUAUUUAAAUACUUCAUCUAGAUAAAAAUAAUGAAAAAAAUUGUGGCGUUACAAAGGCACUGUUUACACCUUUUACCAAUGAGUGCAGUCUCAUUUUAUACCCUGUGAUCAACGAAUUUGGCCACAAAAGCUGCUGCUGGUUUCACUCUUGUGAUUUAAUGUGGAUUUCUCUUAUCAUUAACAUUGGGACUACUAUGUUCUUUAAUAUCAACAUGAUCAGAUGAUUUAAAAGGUUAGGAGAGAGGCUUUCUGUACAGUACCAAUUUUGGGUAUAUGUGAAAUGUUGCAGUCCACAUAUUUCAACCAAUUUAACUCCCACAGCUCUCACUUUGACAACUAACUAAUUUAUAAUGGAUUGGUUGAAUAUUUUGUGAGUUAAGAUGCGUGAGGUCUUGUCAAAUGUACCGACUGUUUAUACUGCUUUGUGUUAACACCGAUAUUUAAAUAUCCACACCCUCGGUCUUUGGUAUUGCAGUAUCUUUGCAGUGUAAACUCAGUAGCAUACUUGUUCUUGCCCUCCUUUGCUGGACUGUGGGAUUCAGUCCAGUUAUCUUUUUUGAAAUGGAAGCAUGGGAUUUUGAGUAAUUGCGGCAUGACCGAUAUAUGUAAUGAUGCAAAUUUGCCCUCUUUCUCUUUUGUGGAACUGCACGUGUGAGGCCCACAUUUGUGGAGAGGUUCUCUGUUGUGAGCCUAAUCAUUCUGCUAAUGCAAAUAGGGCAGUGGGGAAUGUGGAUUGCCAAAGCCGUUUGAGACCAUACUUAUGGAAAUGUAAAUGGGAGCCUAUGUGCUCUAAGCUGUCAUGUUACAAUUGUACACUUUUCUAAAUAAAAUACUUUUGCCCUAAA